AAAUGGGAUAUCUUAUCGUGUUGUUCCUUUUAAAAAUAUUAUCAAUACACGGAUAUGAUAAUUUAUCAGAGGGAAAGCAUUCUAUACAGAGUUCAACGUGGGGAUGUCCUCAACAAAAUUGCUACUUGUAUGCAGCAAACAACGCAGUUGAUGGAGACAUCAGUACAUGUAUGAGAACUGACACGUUCGGUAUGACCUCUUCACACCAAACAGUGUGGUGGAGAGUAGACCUCGGAGACAUUAAGAGUAUCUACAGUAUCAGGAUACAGUUUAGAGAUUUUGGACAAGAAUAUUAUGAUCGUCAAAGAGGACGAUUGGCGGGGUUUUCUCUAUAUGUAUCGAAUACAACAGACAUACAGAACAGCUACUUGUGUUACAAAGACGGACCAGAAUUACCUCCGUUGGAUUUAAUCAAUAUCUGUUCCAUUCAUGGACGUUAUGUUACAUUUUACAAUGAAAGAAAUAAGACUAUAUAUCCUUCCGGUUACCAGACAACAACUGUUAUAACAGAGUUAUGUGAAGUCAAUGUGCAUGGCUGUCAAAAAGAUGGAUUUUACGGUCAAAACUGUGACCUUGCAUGUCCUCUUCACUGCCAGGACAGAAGAUGUCAUAUUAUACAGGGAACAUGUCUUGGUUGUACAGCUGGCUGGAUCGGAGAGUUUUGUAAUAAAACUUGUAUGUCUGGAUACUAUGGUAUGGAGUGUAAAUCAAGGUGUACAGGUCAUUGUCAUAGUGGUGCUUCCUGUAAUCAUGUAAGUGGAAAAUGCGAACAUGGCUGUGAAGAAGGAUGGAUGCUACCCAAUUGCGAUCAACCCUGCCAGGAUGGGCUGUAUGGACCUAAUUGUAUCUAUAAAUGCAGCAACCAUUGUAAAAACAGUUUACCAUGUGACAAGGCAAGUGGAAAAUGUGAAAGUUGUGCACCGAGAUAUAUUGGAACACUUUGCAAUAAUUCUUGCAUAUAUGGAUUUUAUGGAGAAAACUGCACAAAAACAUGCAGUUCAUUUUGCAACAUGAGGCUGCACUGUAAUAACACAGAUGGACAUUGUAUAAAAGGCUGCAUGGAUGGAUAUCUUGAACCAAAAUGCGAUAAAAGUUGCAAUGUAGGCUGGUAUGGCAGAAACUGCUCACAACAUUGUAACGAAAACUGUAUCAACCAAACAUGUGAUUACAGAGACGGUAUGUGUACCUCUGGACGCAAAGCAGGUUGGCGUACUGCCAAUUGUUCUGAAGGAUGCGACAAUGGAUUUUAUGGCAACAACUGCUUAAACAUUUGUUCAAAUUGCCUCAACAACGCAUGUGAUCCUUUCAGUGGUAUUUGUAUUCAAGGGUGCACUGCCGGUUAUAUUGGUCAAAGAUGCGAUCAACCUUGCUUCCGGGGAUGGUAUGGUCGAAAUUGUUCCCAUUUGUGUCACAUUAACUGUAGAAACAAGUCAUGUGACAACGUUCACGGUGUUUGUACAUACGGUUGUGAGGCAGGAUGGAUGGGGAUAAAAUGUAAAGAAGAAUGCAAUGACGGAAGGUAUGGAGAGGACUGCAAACAAAUUUGUGGUAAAUGUGCUUUUAACCACACGUGCAACAGGACAAAUGGGGCUUGUCUUAGUGGUUGUGCAGAACCAUUUACAGGAGUUAAAUGUGACAAAAAUACUAAAAUGUGUCUUGAAUUAGCAGCAGUUAAUUUUUCUGACAGUGAAUCUUAUUAUGGUCAUGUCAUAGCUUUAUCGGUAGUGUUAGCUGUAUCACUAGUCAUCAAUAUGUCUACUUGUUUAUUCGUACUUCGAAGAUACUGUCAAAGUGGAUUGGAAGCAUCAAGACAGUAUGCUGAAUGUGGUGAUUUAUGUUCUACAAAGACUGAAGAUACACAUAUUUAUCAGGACCUAAAUGUUAUAAAUAAUGACGAUAAUACCUAUCACGAUCUUUCCUUUCAGAAUACUAUGUAGAAUGAACAAAUAUGAUAAGCUCGUAACAAAUGCCUUCUUUGUAUCUGUCAAUAUUCUCUUGAAGAUGUAUCAAGUCCUCCAAAAGUGAAUGCAUUAAUCAUUCAGAAUUAUGAACUGUAAAAUGCUUAUAAUCGCGAGAACUUUAUUUAUGCAUCAUCAUUCGAGACAGUUUUCUUACGAAGUACCAAUCGCGUAUAUUGGCAUACCUUAAAAUAAUAAUAUCCACAAUUCACUUUCUGUCUCGCUAAUAAAGUCAAUGCCAACCUGGAGAACAAGGUUUUGAGAUAUUUUAGCGAUCUACUGUAUAGAAAAAUUAUGCUCUAAACCCUAAUAAGAUAACGAUCUUUGAUACUGCAUAUUCCUUAUUUUUCGCACGUUCUUAUUAUCACAAAGGGUUUUUUCAACGGCAAAUCGCGAAAAAAAUAAUUCCCGAAUCGAUAGUUGGUCAAGAGAUUUUACAAAGAUUUCAGCACCAUAAAAAUAAAGACAAUUAAUUUAAUUGCAUGUGUAGUGCUUUGCGCUAAAUUA